CAACACGUUUUUGCCGGCGAUGGUUGGAUCACAGGUUAUAAACAAUUGUAAAGGUUUGUCGCGAUAAAAGUGAAUCAACUUUAGUAUGCAACAGUCUUGACAUUCGACCGAUUAAGAAUUAAAUAGAGAUAAAAAAAUGAGUGCAAAUUUGAAAUUGUUCUUUUUUCUAAAGAUGACGAUUGUUUUUGCUGAAUUGCCACCAAUAGAAAAAUGCAAGCUAUCCGAUUCCGCCUGCCUUCUGACAACAGCCCAGGUGGCAGUACCCGUAUUCACGAGUGGAAUGCCAGAGAUAGGAGCGGAAUCCCUAGACCCUAUGCAGAUAGACCACAUCAUCAUAGACCUGGCUGGUCUGAAGGCGGAUAUUAGUAACUCUACCGUGAAGGGAAUGAAGGAAUCUAACAUUACAAUGAUCAAUGUGGACACGACAAAGAUGCAAUUACUGGUAUCAUGGGAAUGUGAUGUUAUCAUGAAAGGGAAUUAUAAAGCCUCUGGACAUCUACUCAUCAUACCUGUCAGUGGCGACGGAGACAUAACUUUACAACUGUAUAAAUUGCAUAUUGACAUGACUACUAAUUACAACAUAUCAAAGAAUGAUGAUGGGAAGGAUUUCAUGGACUUGAUGAACUAUAAAUUUACGUUUGAUGUAAAACGAAUCCCGCGGAUUGAUAUCACCAACCUGUUUAAUGGAAACAAAGGCUUGAGUGACACGCUUUUCACUUUUGUAAGCCAAAACUGGAAACUGCUUUCUCGGGAGUUUGGUCGUCCAAUGUUAAUCAAGCCUAUUAAAAAAGUGUACGAAACAUUAAAAUUGUACCUCAAGUCGCAGCCUUUAGACGACCUCGAUCAAAACUAAUAUUUUAAUUAUGAAUUAUGAAUGAUUAUGAAUUAGAUAAGAAAUAGCUCUGUAUGAAACAUAAGUAGGUGCCUACUAAGUAUACGUCCCACUACUGGAUAAAGAUCUCCCGUUAUCAAUAAAAACAUAUUUUUGCACUACCUACUCCAGUGUGAAAAUGUAUAAUAUAUAAAUAUAUAUA